AUGCUCUCUCGUUUGUUGUCGUUGAGCAAGGCCAAGAAGGUCAAGGUGUGUGCCUCUGGCGACCAGUUUGCCAAAGGUUCUUCAAGUGGCUCUUUGGACGGCGGCUCUGCAGAGUCGUGCCAGUUGGUUGCUGCUGACUCUGAUGGCAAUCCUGGUCUUGCAGAUGUGCGCAGCUGGUUUAGGGAAGGCGAAGAUGAUUUCAAUUGCUUGCGCACAGUUCAGCUUCACUGCCCGGGCCAAGUCCUCCCCAAGGCCAAUGCUGCGACUUUGUACAACCGACUGCAUCGUUUCGCUCUUUGCGGAGUCGAAGGUUCUGCAGCGUUUGCCGGGGGCGACGAAUUGGGCGCCAUAUUGGCAACCAUCCCUCUGCAGGUUAUCUUCGCGUGCACGGACUCCCUGCCAGCGAAUGUUGCUGUCAACGCGCUUGAGCAGCAGAAGGCCUUGACCCAGAUGUCCGAUGCCUCCGCGUACCGUGGCUACGUGUACACAUUCUGUACACACCACCAGGGAAAUUUGUCUUCGAAGCCGAUCGUGUUGUCCGUACCCAAUGUCGCUACAGGCAUUGUAGAUGGGGUGGGCGAUGGGGUGAGGGUUGCUUGUAUGCUGAGUCAUAGCCUGGAAUUUAGACUUAGUCGUCUAGCGCCGCAUGUGGCCCUUACAGGCAUGGUCCGUAUGGCGCAUUCGAUGAAGAGUGCUUUACACAGCAGACGUAUGGCGGCCAUCGCCGGGAAUUUGGCUUCAACCGUGGAAGUUUACCCAGUGGCCACGCUGCCACAACGCGUCACGGCUUGCAUAGCUCGCAACGCUCGCAAGUUGGCCUCUUGUCGAAGCUACAUGACGGAAGAUGACGUCGCUUUGGUGUUGAGCACACUGAAUGAAGAUUGGAGUUUGCCUCUAUCAAAGAUGAAAGGUCGCCUCACGCACUGGUGCGAAGCGGGUUGCUGCACUUCUUUGAAGGAAACUCGUUUCAAGGUCAAACGUUGCCUCGAAUUGUUGAUCUUGCAAGGCUUCGAAGUGCCACUGCUGUAUAGAUGGAAACAUGUACAGCCGGCUGCAGAGUUCUGUUUGAGAGCGAUGUUGGUUCACGGGCUCUUGGAGCACACGUGGCGACUGUCGCUUGGUGAGCAAUCCGACCCAUAUUCCGAGCCCAGGCAGGAACUCUUGAAUUACGACGAAGAUAAUGCCGAUUUAUCACCGGCUGAGAAGCAGAAGGUCAGAGCCACGAAAGUGCUGCAGCUGCUAUCGGGCCCGGACGGUGUCGAAACUUGA